UCUGUCUUUUACCAUUGCGGGUCUCAAUCUUUGUGUCCGUCUCCUAGUUAUAGUAGUAUUUUGCUCACACUGCAACACUUAGCACUUUCCCCGCUUCUAGUCCUGUUGAGAUCUAGAGAGAGAGAGAUAUUAGAUUCAGGAGCUCGAAGCGCUUCUCAGUGAAGCUCAAGGAGAUUUUCCUAGCCAUAUCAUGGGCUCGAAGCAUAAGCCCUCAGGCAGUAGAACACGGAGUCCUUUGUCAAUAUUUAUUGUUUUUUGUCUGUGCUGUUUCUUUUAUGUCUUGGGAGCAUGGCAGAGGAGUGGUUUUGGUAAAGGAGAUAGCAUAGCUUUGGCAGUAACCAAAAAGGCAGAUUGCAAGUUCUUUCCUGAUCUGAACUUUGAAGCCCAUCACAAUCCUGUUGAGGUUGUUAAACCAUCUAAGUCAAAAGCUAAAGCAUUCAAGCCAUGUAAUGUUAAAUAUACUGAUUAUACACCUUGCCAAGAACAAGACCGGGCAAUGAAAUUUCCACGGGAAAAUAUGAUAUACAGGGAAAGACAUUGUCCGCCAGAAGAAGAAAAAUUGCAUUGUCUUAUUCCAGCACCAAAAGGGUAUAAGACCCCAUUUCCAUGGCCAAAAGGCCGUGACUAUGUCCACUAUGCUAAUGUUCCAUAUAAAAGCCUAACUGUUGAAAAGGCUGUUCAGAAUUGGGUGCAGUUUCAAGGGGAUGUGUUCAAAUUUCCAGGAGGAGGAACCAUGUUCCCUCAGGGUGCAGAUAAAUAUAUUGAUGAACUUGCAACAGUGAUCCCAAUAGCGGAUGGCUCUGUCAGGACUGCUCUAGAUACUGGUUGUGGGGUUGCAAGUUGGGGUGCAUACCUGAUGAAAAGAAAUGUAUUGUCAGUGUCCUUUGCACCACGAGAUAACCAUGAGGCACAAAUACAAUUUGCAUUGGAGCGGGGAGUACCAGCUGUUAUAGGGGUUCUAGGAUCAAUACGUCUUCCAUACCCAUCAAGAGCUUUUGAUAUGGCUCAAUGCUCUCGAUGUCUCAUACCAUGGACCUCAAAUGAUGGAAUGUAUCUAAUGGAAGUUGAUCGAGUGCUGAGACCUGGAGGAUACUGGAUCCUGUCUGGCCCUCCAAUAAAUUGGAAGACAUACUAUCAGACUUGGAAGCGGACUAAGCAGGAUCUCCAGGCUGAGCAAAGAAAGAUUGAAGAAAUUGCUGAAAGUCUUUGCUGGGAGAAAAAGUAUGAGAAAGGAGAUCUAGCUAUCUGGAGAAAACUUGAAAAUGACAAAAAUUGCCCAAGGAAGUCUACCAACAUAUGCAAAUCAGAUAAUGCUGAUGAUGUCUGGUACAAAGAAAUGGAAACAUGUUUAACCCCUUUCCCCAAGGUAACCAGUGCUAAAGAAGUAGCUGGUGGGGGGUUAAAGAAGUUUCCAGAAAGGCUUUUUGCAGUGCCUCCUCGAAUAGCUAAGGGACUUGUUGAGGGCGUCACAGCAGAAUCUUAUCAAGAGGACAAUAAACUUUGGAAAAAGCAUGUAAAUGAAUACAAAAGGAUCAACAGAUUGAUUGGCACUACAAGAUAUCGGAAUGUGAUGGAUAUGAAUGCAGGGCUUGGAGGGUUUGCAGCUGCACUUGAAUCACCAAAGUCUUGGGUGAUGAAUGUUGUGCCUACAAUUGCUAGGAACACUUUGGGUGUUAUAUAUGAGAGAGGUCUAGUUGGAAUCUAUCAUGACUGGUGUGAAGGAUUCUCAACAUACCCAAGGACAUAUGAUUUUAUUCAUGCCAGUGGUGUAUUUAGCUUGUAUCGGAAGAAGUGUAAAACAGAGGACAUUCUUCUGGAAAUGGAUCGCGUUUUACGUCCUGAAGGGACAGUAAUGUUCAGAGACGAGGUUGAUGUUCUCAAUGAGGUAAUGAAAAUUAUAGGAGGCAUGAGAUGGGAUGCAAAAAUGGUGGAUCAUGAGGAUGGUCCUCUUGUGCCUGAGAAGAUAUUAGUUGCUGUCAAACAGUACUGGGUUGCUGGUUCAGGAAACACCACAUCAAAUUGAUGAAUAAGCCAUAAGUCAAUUCUUUUGGAGGCAGAAAUAAUGAAAAUUAUACAUAACUAAAGAAGUGAAUUAUGUUUCUCCAAACAAGAAAUUGGACUGAAGAGUUCUGAGGUUUGGGGCAGGCAUAUGUAAGUUAUUAAUACAAUGUUGUUGAUGAUGUGCAGCAAAUGUAUUAAUUCUCCAUCUUAAUUUAAACAUUCAUUUAUGUGAUUUUGGAGGGCACAAUAGAAUUUGUAUUUGCUCGUUAAAUGAAAUUUGUGUUUGUUUAAUUCA